UGAGAGGCAGCAACUAGGUGCAAUGGCAAGUACCAGUCUCAACCUAUUUUCAGCUAUUCUCCUGCUCAUCCUUCUUAGCAAAGGCAUAAGCCAAAAGUGCUCUACAAAUGACCUGCAAAUUAGCCAAGACAAAACUGGGGUUUUGGUGCAAGCAAAGCCAGAAUUUGAGGUGAAGGUUCUGAAUGCAUGCCCAUGUCUUCAAGGGAAUGUGAAAUUAGGCUGCGAUGGAUUUCAAACUACUGAAGAAGUCAACCCUUUGUCAUUGCUCAAAUCUGGGAAUGAGUGUCUCCUCAACAAUGGCUCAUCUCUUAUACCAUUUUCUCAGAUUAGUUUCAAAUAUGCUUGGGACACACAAUUCUCAUUCAAGCCAGUUUCCUCUGAGAUCAACUGUAAUUGAUUGAGGAGAGAGAAUUAGUGCUUUGAUUUUUUGUUCCGCAUACUUAGGUCAAUUUAUAGAUCAAGAAGGAAAAAAAAAUGUAU